CCGCCGGAGCCGCGAGCGAGCCAGGCAGCCGCGCCGGCCCGGGCCGGGGCGGGGGGCGCGGGCCGCAGGCCCCUGCUCCGGCCGCCGCUUGCAGACCGUGGGCGCCCGAUGCCGCCCGCGCCCCGCUAGUCUGAAUUUCGGGCCGGGCGAGCCGCCGCCGCCACCGCCCGAGCCGCGGACAGGAGUCUCGGGAGCCACCGCCGCCGCCCGGCCGGGCCCCGCCGCCGCCCGCGCGCCCUCGGGCCCCCGACACACAUGAGAUUCUUCAGGCUCACUUUCAAGUGCUUCGUGGACUGCUUCUGACCGCGCCGCCCCGCCUCCCCGACCCCCCGGCCCGGCCGCCCCCGGCCCCCGGCGGGCCCGCGCCCUCGGGGCCCCCCAAGCGCCCUCCGCCGCCCGUCCGCCCGCCCCCGCGAGGCACCGCGCCCCCCGGCCCGGCUGCGCGGCCCGCCGGGGCCAUGGCGAAGAAGAGCGCCGAGAACGGCAUCUACAGCGUGUCUGGCGACGAGAAGAAGGGCCCCCUGAUCGCGCCCGGGCCCGACGGGGCCCCGGCCAAGGGCGACGGCCCCUCGGGCCUGGGGGCGCCCGGAGGCCGCCUGGCCGUGCCGCCCCGUGAGACCUGGACGCGCCAGAUGGACUUCAUCAUGUCGUGCGUGGGCUUCGCCGUGGGCCUGGGCAACGUGUGGCGCUUCCCCUACCUGUGCUACAAGAACGGCGGAGGUGUAUUCCUUAUCCCCUAUGUCUUGAUCGCCCUGGUCGGAGGAAUCCCCAUUUUCUUCCUGGAGAUCUCACUGGGCCAGUUCAUGAAGGCCGGCAGCAUCAAUGUCUGGAACAUCUGCCCCCUGUUCAAAGGCCUGGGCUACGCCUCCAUGGUGAUUGUCUUCUACUGCAACACCUACUACAUCAUGGUGCUGGCCUGGGGCUUCUAUUACCUGGUGAAGUCCUUCACCACCACGCUGCCCUGGGCCACGUGCGGCCACACCUGGAACACGCCUGACUGUGUGGAGAUCUUCCGCCAUGAAGACUGUGCCAAUGCCAGCCUGGCCAAUCUCACAUGUGACCAGCUUGCUGACCGCCGGUCCCCUGUCAUCGAGUUCUGGGAGAACAAAGUCUUACGGCUCUCCGGGGGGCUGGAGGUGCCAGGAGCCCUCAACUGGGAGGUGACCCUGUGUCUGCUGGCCUGCUGGGUGCUGGUCUACUUCUGUGUCUGGAAGGGGGUCAAGUCAACAGGAAAGAUCGUGUACUUCACCGCUACAUUCCCGUACGUGGUCCUCGUGGUGCUGCUGGUGCGCGGAGUGCUGCUGCCGGGAGCCCUGGAUGGCAUCAUCUACUAUCUCAAGCCUGACUGGUCAAAGCUGGGGUCCCCUCACGUAUGGAUACAUGCUGGAACCCUGAUUUUCUGGCAGCUGGAAUGCAAGACCAAGUGUCUGAGCCAGACGCCCCACUCUCACGGGCUCGGGCCACCCGGCAACACCUUGACUCCAAGCGGAAAGGGCCCCGGCCACGGGAUGCCCUGGUGUGGUCCCUCGGUGUGGAAGCACGGGAAGGGGGAGGGCCGGCAACGACGAGAACGGACGGAACUGAACGUGGGUGAGGAACACAGGUGUCUAGACCCUGCUCCUUCCCCCUCAGGGCCCGGCCUGGCCUUCAUCGCCUACCCCCGGGCCGUCACGCUGAUGCCUGUGGCCCCGCUCUGGGCUGCCCUGUUUUUCUUCAUGCUGCUGCUACUGGGCCUGGACAGCCAGUUUGUAGGUGUGGAAGGCUUCAUCACUGGCCUGCUCGACCUCCUCCCGGCCUCCUACUACUUCCGUUUCCAAAGGGAGAUCUCCGUGGCCCUCUGCUGCGCCCUCUGCUUUGUCAUCGACCUCUCCAUGGUGACCGAUGGCGGGAUGUAUGUCUUCCAGCUGUUUGACUACUACUCGGCCAGCGGCACGACCCUGCUCUGGCAGGCCUUCUGGGAGUGCGUGGUGGUCGCCUGGGUCUACGGAGCCGACCGCUUCAUGGACGACGUGGCCUGCAUGAUCGGGUACCGGCCUUGCCCCUGGAUGAAAUGGUGCUGGUCCUUCUUCACCCCGCUGGUCUGCAUGGGCAUCUUCAUCUUCAACGUGGUGUACUACAAGCCGCUGGUCUACAACAACACCUACGUGUACCCGUGGUGGGGCGAGGCCGUGGGCUGGGGCUUCGCGCUCUCCUCCAUGCUGUGUGUGCCCCUGCACCUCCUGGGCUGCCUCCUCAGGGCCAAGGGGACCGUGGCUGAGCGCUGGCAGCACCUGACGCAGCCUGUCUGGGGCCUCCACCACUUGGAGUAUAGAGCUCAGGACUCCGAUGUCAGGGGCCUGACCACCCUGACCCCAGUGUCUGAGAGCAGCAAAGUGGUGGUGGUAGAGAGCGUCAUGUGACAGGCUCCCAGGCUCACAUCACCAGCUCACCCUCUCGUAGCCAUAGCAGCCCCUGCUUCGGCCCCCCCACCCCUCCAGGGGGCUUGCCUUUCCCUGACACUUUUGGGGGUCUGCCUGGGGAGGGGGGGAAGCACCACGAGUGCUAACUAAAAUAACUUUUUUUCCAUUUUUAAUAAAACGCCAAAAAUAUCACAACCCACCAAAAAUAGAUGCCUCCCCACCCCCCACCCAAGCUGAUACACACGCUGCUUCCCAGGCCCUGCCCACUGCCCUCCCCCAGUGCCCGCCGCAGAUGCGUCUCACCGCAGAUGCGUCUCACCCGACCGCCGCGGCGCGCCUGCCACUCCGGGCCCUGCCUCCGCCCCGCGCACCCCCGGGUGGCCCCUCCACCCUAGAGGCGGUGGAGGUGGCGGCUUGGGGGAACGGGACAGGGAGGAGGAGGAGGAGGAAGGCGGGGGAGGGGCUGCGGAACCAGGGCGAGUAUUUCAGCCGGCCUAGACCCCCUCUCCCCGUCCCUAUCCCUAUCCUAGAAGCUUAGAGAGCCAGCCAGCAAGGGAACCUUCUGGUUCCCGCGCCAAUUGCCACCAAUAUCAGUUGUGUGAGCUUGUGUACGAAUGCAUGUGUGCGUGAGUAUGUAGGAUAAACCUAGAUCUCUUAGCAAAGGUGACUACCAGGUGUAAACUGUGCCUGUGGGCUAACGAGGCUUGUAUUUUGCACAUUUUAUAAAAACUUGAGGAAAGAGAUUUCUGCUUGUAUAUUUCUAAGGAGAAAACCGCCCCGCGCCCCUCUCCUUGCCGCUCCCUAUCCCUCUCAGCACCCCCUAGUCCUCUGCCCCAGCCAAGGAGUGUGAAUUUAUAGACCUAAUUUUCAUAGGCAAAAGCUUCAAGCUGUUGGGCGCGCGAGUCUGUCGUGUGGGUGUGCAUGUGUCGCGCCCGGCCCCACACCAGGUGGAGGAGUGCACGGCGGUGGGGGGGGGGGCAUCCCCACACCCCCUCUGCCCGCGAGGCGGCGGGGUGAGCGGAUGCGGGUCCUGACCCGCGGGGGGUCUGGGGCUGCUCACCUGGCGCGCUCAGGCUCGCCCACACCGCGCCCCCUGCGCCGGGCGCGACUGCAGGGAUCUGAGGCGGGCACCGGCCAGGGAAGGGACCCCGGGCUCGGCUCCCACCUGCGAGCUUAAGGCUGAUGCACUUUCCACGGCUCAAGUCUUCCAUGUAGCAGCUUUAAUUAACCCACGUGUGCGUCACGUCAGAUCCCAAGACAGCCGAGUGGACCCUAGAAAGGCUUCCCCCACCCGUGCCACCCCGACAUCGGUCGGAGGGGUUGGACUGGGUGAGGGCGGGGGUCCGGCGGGGACAUUCUUACUGUGCUAAAAAGCCACUGCAAACAUAGCAAUAAAACAUGUCAUUUUCCAA